AUGCGGGCGCACGGCGUCUCGGAGGCCGAGGUGUCGGGCGUGCUCGGCGCGAUCGUGGCCGUCUUGCACCUGGGCAACGUCGCCUUCGCCGCGCCUGCGAAUAAUUCCGAGGGGUCCGAGGCCGUCCAGCAGGGCGCCUCCGGGGCCUCUAUGGCGCACGCGUGCCGCCUGCUGGGGGUGGAGCCGGCGUGCCUGGAGCGCGCGCUGUGCCGGCAGACGCGGCAGAUGCCGGGCCGCGACGGAGGCAUGAUCACGAGCCCGCUGCCGGUCGCGAAGGCCUCCGACAGCCGUGACGCCCUGGCGCGCCACCUGUACGGCGCAAUCUUCAGCUUCCUGGUGCAGCGCGUCAAUGAGGCUGUCAGCGCCGAGAAGUCUGCGCCGGACGUGGCAGGCGAGCGGGAGUUCUGCCAGUCCCCCUUCGUGGGCCUCCUGGACAUCUUCGGAUUCGAGUACUUUGAGACCAACUCGUUCGAACAGCUGUGCAUAAACUUCACCAACGAGCUGCUGCAGCAGUACUUUAACGAGGUGAUCUUCGAUCACGAGGCGGAGCUCUACCGGCGGGAGGGCAUCCCGUGGGACCCGCUGGACUUUCCCGACAACACUAUGAGUGUCGAACUCAUCGGAAGCGCAAAGGACGGCGUGCUGACCAUACUCGACCAGGAGUGCCAGACUGUGGGCGGCAACGCGGAGCAGUGGCUCAGGAAAUUGCAGGGCGCGCAUGGCACGAACAAGCUGUUUGGCGUCGUGAGGCAGCGGCCGGGCAACUUUUUCGUGCAGCACUUCGCUGGCCCGGUGGAGUACACAUCCCAGACCUUCCUCGAAAAGAACCGGGACGAGCUCAGUGCGGACCUCGUCAGGUGUCUGAAGGAGGGAUCCGACGAAUUCAUGCGCCAGCGCUUUCUCGAGCACGACAGGCACUUCGGCACGCAGGAGUCGGUGUCGACGCAAACGGGCUCCCGGCGGGUCGCCGCCGCGAAGAAGUACUCCGUGGCCAGGGAAUUCCGCGACCAGCUCAAUUCGCUGAUGCAGCGUAUCCGGACCACGGAGCCCCACUUUGUGCGCUGCAUCAAGCCGAACCCAGAGAGCCGGGCGGGCGUCUUCCACCGCCCCUCCGUCGUGCAGCAACUGCGGUACCAGGGGGUCCUGCAGGCCAUCGAGGUGAGCCGAGCUGGCUACCCCAUGCGGCUGAACCACCGCCAGGGCGUCCUGGAUUUCCGCAGCCUGGCGAGGCGGGAGGACAAGGCCCAGCUGGAGGCCCAGAUGCUGAGGGGCCGCUUCGGGGCGGCAGCGCAGGUCCUCUUCCAGGGCCUGUCGGAGGGCCUGCCGAGCGGCUCUUGGGCGCUUGGCAGGACCCUCCUGUUCCUGAAGCGUGAGGGCGUGGAGGUGCUCAGCUCGGCGUUGAGCCGCGUCCGCCGCGAUGCCACCGUCCGCGCGCAAGCCUGGUGGCGCGGCCGCCUUUUCCGCUGGCGCUUCCGGAGGGUGGUGCGGGCGGCGCUCAAGCUGCAGUCGGAUGUAUACUACACAAACAAGGCGGUGUGUGGCCGGGCCAACGAGCUGUACUUCCUCAGCAAGGCAGGCUUCUCCGCGUCCUACGCCGAUACGGAACCCAUAACUGGUCUGCCGUACAAGAUUUGCUACGAUUUCUUUAAGAAUGUGGCAUCACCGGCUUGUGUGAACAUCGACUUGGUUCCAUUCCCUGCAGAUGAGUUUUCCGGGCAGCAGUGGUGCUACGUCUCGAACGAUUGCGCGAACCUCAACGGUGGUGGGUACGCAACUAAUAUCGAGGGCUUCUCGCAGAGCAGCUGGCACAAUCUGCAGUCCGCAGCACAGCAAGCCUGGGAGAUCUGCGACCCUACCGAGUCUGACACGCCCGCGCUGAGCGUCAAGCUGGUCCCUGAGGUUGUUGCCUUGGGAGUCGAGAGCGACGUGAGCCUGUCCCAGCUCCUGAAGCUAGCGUACCCGGCUGUGAACAUCUCCUGGGGGGAGGCUUCUCUGCGUUGGCAGGCAAUCGACGCAGCGUACGAACCUGGCCGCACCGUCACAGAGAUGGUCGACGCUGUCCCGGAGCUCACGGGGUGGGGGAGCGAAGUCGUGGACCGCCGCUUGCGCGCAAUCGCCAAGUCGGAGCAGGGCACGGUAUUGGACUCUCCCGGGCACGGAGACAUCUAUCAUGUGGUCCAGGGGCGCGCCGCGUACGUGGUGCGAAGGGCCGCAGACGGCAACAUGGCGUAUUUGGGGGGCCAUUUUUCCCAGGAGUACACGGCCGAGACUUUCAUCUCCGAGCCUCUGUUCAGUCACGUCUAUCCCCUCGGCCAUGACCCGCUCGCAGGCCGGUCCGCGUCCCGCGCCGUUGGACAUGCUCGCCCCGGCUGGCGCGCCAGCGCAAACACCGCCGGCGCCGAGCCAGGGCCCCGCCGCAACCGAAGUAGGCUGCGGAACUUCCGCAGCGCGAGCUGGGAGGAGUUCACCACGGAGAUGCACUUCCAGUCAGUCCUCCAUGCGCGCUGCCACAGGCCCGCUCCGCAGUUCCGCGCAUCGCCGAUACUGCUCGAUGCGUGCUCGAUCAACCCCCUCGGCCAUGCUAUCGCUAAGGCUACGCCGAGGCGAUCUUAUAACUCAAUGUCUGCCGAACCGACGGAGCCGUUCGGGCCUGCCGGCCCACGGCCCGAGUGGACGUGGGAGACGCUCUCGACGCUCAUCGAGUGGUACGAACGCAAGGGCGAGCUCUUCGCCGCGACGCUGCCGCCCGAGCAGAUCAGGCGCCGCCUGCGCUACGGCGAGGCCGCCGGCGAGAACACCGCGCUGGACCUGCUGCUCCCGGCGGCGGGCCCGGAGGCGCCGCCGCUCCUCGUCUACUUCCACGGCGGGUACUGGCAGGCCGGCAGCGCGAGGGAGGCGCUCUACCUCGCCGAGCCGCUUCUGGCGGCCGGCGUGGCGAUGGCGCUCGUGGACUACGACGUGUGCCCUACGGUCUCCAUGGACCAGAUCGUGCGGCAGGCCGCGGCCGCGCUGGCGUGGUGCUGGCGCCACGCCGCCGAGCUCGGCGUGGACCGGCGCCGCAUCGUCGCCGCGGGACACAGCGCUGGCGGGCACCUCGCCGCCGAGCUCCUGGCCACCAACUUUGCGCUCCUCGGUGCCGACCUGCCGCCGUGCCUGGUGGCCGGCGUGGUCUCCUUCUCGGGGGUCUUCGACCUCGAGCAGCACCUGCUGCGCCCGACCACCGAGGAGCUCGUGGCGCACGACUACAACGCCGCCACAGGGCUCGACGCCGAGGCGGCGCGCCGCCUCUCGCCGUGCAGGCGGGUGCCAGCGCGCUCGGUGCCAGUGCUCCUGUACGUCGGCGGGGCGGAGGAGGCCGAGUUCCACCGCGACCACGCCGCGCUGUCGGCGGCGUGGUCGCCGCUGCUGGAGCUCGAGGGCACGGUGGUGGCGGGGGCCGACCACUUCGGGUGCCUCGAGGCUCUCGUGGCGCAGCCAGCCGUCUGCGCCCGGUGCGCACCCGCGUGCCGGCAUCGUAGGGCGACGUCGCGGCUGCUGCGACUGCGAUUGCGCCUGGAGGGUAUGACACUAGCGCGCCAGCAGAAGUCUGUGGACUCAGGCCACAGGCGGGGGCAGGGCAUCCCAAGGAUACUGGCGGCAGCAGAGGGCAGCACCGUGGCCAGGGGCGGACGGGGACGGCUCCUGCCGCCGAUGCCCUCGCGGUUCAUGGCGUCGGGCAGGGCAGUGCCAGAGGGCCGCGGGCCCGCUCUUAAGGUCGUCGGCGCCGCACUGCUCCUGACCGCCGCUCUCUUGAGGGCCGCCCUGGCCCGCGCCUUCGUCGGGGGUCCGCGCGGCGGGUUCGGAGCUGACAGCAUCUGGGCGGCCCCGCGGCCAGACGCCACGGCGCUCCGCGGCCUCAACUUCGACUUCGACGUGGCGGCACCCAGUCGGGACAGGCAGAGGCGCACGCAGGAGGAGGAGGAGCCAGAGGACGAGGCAGCGCCGGUCCCACAGGAGGAGGAGAAGCCUCCCGACACGCCGGUGCUGUACGAGUGGCCGGGCAUCUACGAGCGGCUCACGCAUGCGCAGCUCAAACCAGGGCACCUUGUGCUGCGGAAGUGGCUGCAGAAGGGCAGGGCUCAGGGCUUCGCGUCGGUGCCGUUCACUUCCGCCGUUCGGGCCUCGAUGGCCGACCCCGACAUCAACGUCUGCCUCGUCGGCAGGCGGGAGGCCUCCGAGAAGGUCGCCCAGGCGUGGCAGAAGGUCAUAGACACUGUUCCCGCGUUCGACAUCAGCGGCGAGGUGGACGCCCCCCUGGACCUUGAUCCCCUCGAGCCGCCCUGGGAGGCUCCGCUCGACAGCCCCCUGCCCGAUGAUGAGGAGCUGCGCGCGAUGAUGCAAGACCCCCGCGUGGAGGAGGCCAUGCUCGAUAAGUUCCCUCGGAGCGUCGAGGAGCUGAGGUUGCGUGCCUCCAGUGGUUUGCGCGCCGAGGAAGCCCCCGUCUUCCGAAGGGUGGUCGAAGGGCUGCCCGACGAGCUGCGCGGGGAGGAGUUCCGCAACCUGAUUCGCAGCAGCAUCCUGGAGAUCUCGAAGCUCCUGCUGAGCGUGCACUUUGCCUCCGGGGCCGCCAGGAUGAGGUGGCGGUUCGUGUGCACGGACGUCGAUUCAGACUUGCCGACCUGGCCAGAAUCGAUGCGCGCCUACUUCAUCCUAGCUGGGGAAGACCUUACCUUCAUCCCGAACCAGUUCGUAGAUGAGAAGGGGCUCCAGGCUAUGAAGCUGCUCACCGAGGAGCAGACCCGGCGCAUGAGCUCCGUGAAAUGGGCGAGUAGCGUGACCCUCGAGGGCACGGAUGUUGACGAGGCCCUGAAGCGCGUCCCGGCUGGCUGGACGACGUUCCUGAAGGGCGACCGGUACCCUGGCAUGAGUGGGAGGGGCGCCGUGUUCCGCCUGCCCCGCACGGGGCGCCGCGUCAAGAUCGAGGUGGAGGUGCUGGAGUGGAAAGCGCCAGGAGGCGCGGAGGCAGCGCAGGGGAGCGACGCAGCAGACCAGGCCGACGACGGCGGUGCGUCGGGAGAGAACUCCGAGCAGGGAGGCGCGGCACUGCUGGGCGGCCUCGCGGGCCUCACCGCCAGCUUCAUCGCCUUUGCAAGGAACACCCCGCCGUUCCAGUUCGGAAAGAAGCGCCGGACGGCGGUGAAGGACUUGCUGAGCGCCCUGCAGAAGCGGCCAGAAAAGAAUCUGGACCGGGAGGUCUUUGAGCGCUUUGAGCAGCGCCUGUGGAUGGACUUCCAGACAGCGGACGAGGCGCCUGUGGUGCUCUUGGUUGGCGGCGAGAGCACGACCGGGCGCACCAUUUCCAGAAAGCUGGUGAGCAGCGGCUAUCACGUUGUGCUGCUGAAGGCCGGGGGUCAGCAGCAGCGGGUCGAGCGCCAGCUGCCGCAGGGGACGGUGCUGGCGUCCACGACCGCCCAGAUGUCGACCAAACUGGCCUGCCCAUGGGUCACGCUCAACACACGGAAUUACGGUGACUUCGGGGCCUUCCUUCCCAUGGAUCUCUACAGUGCUGUAGCUGGCAUUGACAAGCUAGUGAUUUGCUCUUGCGACACCGACGGCCCUGGCGCGAGAAAGACAAUGAAGCAGGUGACUGACGUUUUGACAGCCUGGCAGCUCUACCGAGCAGAUUUUGCGGACACGCAAAAGGCAUACAACGCGAAGGUGCAGAUUUUCGACUUCGACCGCCAGGUUGACUUCGACCUCUGGAGCGUGGAGCGCAACUUCCCCUCGGACAUGGUCUACGGUGUUCAGCGGGCAACCUGGACGCGAAAUUCACAUGGCACCGCGCAUUGGAUCGGAACGUUUUACGAGCCUGUUGGGCAGUCGUUGCUGAAGUCUCCCAUCCUGAAACUCAACUUCAAGCGCUUCAGCGGGAUCCUCUUCCAUGCGUAUAACCAAGCAGACAAUAACAAGUACUCCUUCUUCCUGCGUGCCGACGACUUCGAGGAGUCGCGCGUGCAGUACGAGGCGGACUUUGUAUGCAAGGCGUCCACCUGGCACACCAUCCGGCUGCCCUUCGGGGCGUUCCGGCCCGUGCGCGUCGACGGCGUGGAUCUCCCGGAGCGCGAGGCCGCCGCUCGGCCUCUGGACCGGGAGAGGGUCGUGCAGAUCGGGGUCGUGAAGCGCACGGGCCCGAAUCCGAAGGAGAAGGAGGGCCAGCCAGGGGCGCUGGGGUAUUUCUCGUUUGCCAUGAAGUACGUCAGGGCCUUCAGGACGCAGGCGGAACCGCAGGUCGUGUACGUCGGCAAAGAAGAGGAGUCUGGCGCAGGCGGCGUCGAGUAUGACCCUCUCGACGACGAAGAUGACGAUUUCUUCGCUGAUCUCGUUGAUAUGGACGAUGAUUUCAUCAGGAAGAGCCAGGCUGAGGAGGCGGCGGCGGCGGAGCUAGAGGAGCUCGAAGGGGCUCUUGUGCCAAAUCCUGAUGCCGAGCCCGACGAAGAAGACGACGAGCCGGAUGAGUACAGGAGUGCCAUGUCCAAGACACCCAUGGACGCGGUCGUUUCGAGCGGCCUGGCGUACACCAUUAUCAAAGUGAGCGGCGUCAACGACCAUCCGGGGGGGAAAUAUCCCAUCGGGGUAAGUCAGGAUUGCCCUAGAGAGAUGCCUCUGAGUGAGCGCCACGAAUAUCUGCGGAAGAUCUCGAGAGGGGACGUGGCCGAGCUCGUUGUCUCCACCCUGAUGGAGCCCGCGUGCGUCAACACCGAGCUGGCCGCAGGCGAGUUGCGCAAGAAUGACGAGUCGCUGAAGCGGUUAGGGACGGGGGUGUGUUUCCGGGUCAACUCCACUAUGCAGGAUGAUGUGAAGGCUCACUUGAAGAAGCUCACGCCAAACCGCUGA